CAAUAUAAUGCAAAACUAUUAUUCAAACCUUGAUAUCUGUAUUAUUAUUUAACUUUUAUUAUUUAUGUGUUACAGUAAGUGAGAAAUAAUUAUGUGAUUCACCUUACAAGUUCAGUUGCCUUUAGUGAAAUACUUAGUCCUACAUUUAACUUAUCUUUAUUCAGUAAGGCCUAGUAAUAAUUUAAAUAGUGUUAUUUUUAAAACCUACUAGGCCUAGGCCUAUUAAAUCAAAGUGUGAAUGUUAAAAGGAAGUUUUUAGCUAGAAAUUACGUUAGGCUAUGUUAGCUUAAGAGAUUGUGCUUUUUGCCUAGCCUAGGUCAUAUAACUUACAUCGCUAACCUUUGCUUAUUAAUAAUGAACAGGUUAAUUCAAAUUGAAAGUGUUAAUCCAGAGGAAGAUCAUCCAAUGACUGAAAAUAAUGUCAAUUUUCUUCCUUUAGAGGUUAUAAUUCACAUAAUGGGAUUUCUUCAAUACCCAGACCGAGUUGUAGCCAGUCAAGUUUGCAAGAUUUGGUACGAGGCCUCUCUCCAUCCAAAAUUUAUCAAUCAAGAAAAGGUGGUUAUCAAAAAAUCACCAGAAGCAUUUUCAAUCUUCAAAAACUCAUCAAAGUCAUAUUUUCACCUUAUUUUGAUAGAACUUGAAAUAAACCAUAAAUUGAAAGGUUUUUGGGAAAAAAUGUUACCGAGUUUGAAAUCUCUUUGUUUUGUAAACUGUGAUAUGUACGACAAGACAUUCAUUGAAAUCUUACUAGGCUGUGUGAAUUUGGAAUCAUUAGUAUUGGAUAAUUGCCGUGAACUAUUCAUGGCUGGGCGACUGCUAGAAAGCGCUGCAGAUGUAAGGGCUGUUUGUACAGUUCUCUGUCAGUUGAAAGAAUUAAAUCUUAACGCUAACCGUUAUUUAUCCGAUGCACUACUCAACCGACUUAUGGCAGUCAUACCCAAAUUGGAAUCAAUCUCUCUUGAAGGAUGUCAGAUGUCAUACCACGCAGGGCUAUAUAAGAAAUAUUAUCCGGACAGAUUGACUGUUGAUAAUAGCGAAUACGCUUCAGAAACAGUGCUAACAUUUUGGAACUUCUUCAACUUUAUUAGUAAAAGAGUGAAUGUAAUUAAAAAGGUAAAUUUAAGCAGAACGUUAAUUGAUAGUAACGCAAUAUCGUUACUAUCAGAGCUUGACCAACUUGAGCUGGAUGAACUGUACGUUACGUCGUGUGAACAGCUGACAAACGCAGCAAUUCAUGCAGUAUCCCAACAUCAAAAACACAUUACAGUGUUGGACGUCAGUUACUGUUCAAGAAUCACAGACCAAUCGCUGUUGUACAUCUGCAAUGAUUUGACAAAUCUGAAAAAGCUCGCUGUAAGAAACUGUCGAGCGAUCACAGACAUCGGUAUCACUCAGUUGAAAAAACUAAAACAUCUCGAAGAACUUGACAUUUCCCAGUGCGAGCAAGUAACAAACGAAGGUAUCAAAGAAGGGUUGUGUUCUGAAAUCAACUUGAAGGUCAGGAAACUAUACAUGGAGGGGUUGAAUACUGUAACAAGCCCUGUUAUAAUCCUGAUGGCUAAGAACUUACCAGAACUGACUCAUUUGAAUUUGAGCUACUGCUUCAACGCAGUCACCGACGACUCAGUACAAGCCAUUUUCCAGCAUCAGUUGAAGCUUCGGUCGUUGAGGUUGGCUAGUUGUGACUCUGUGACUGAUGCUGGGUUGACGGGGAUGGGUGUCAGUGCUUCUGCAGACGACGCUGAUGUUGCUGCCGUACAAGAAACAAUGAGUGACGUAGUGAUAUCUCAGCCCAGGCCGUACAUAUCCCUACGCAGCAAAGCCGAGGAAGAGAUAAUCAAAGACGCCAACAGGAAGAAAGCAGUUCAAAAGAUGUGUGAAGCUCAACUCGUCCAUAGCUCGAAUAUUGGAUAUUCCUUAGUUCGGCUAAAAGGUCUUCAGGAUCUUGACUUGCGAUGCUGUAAUAAAAUCACGGAUGUCAGCCUCAAAUACUCGUUCCGCUUUUUAGAGCUGCAACAUUUAAAUCUUAGUCAAUGCCAGCAGAUCACAGACAUUGGGCUAGCUUCAGUUGGGGAAAACAACCCGAGCAUUGACACUCUCAACCUGAGUCAUUGCUACAACAUAGCUGAUGGAGGAGUGGUCGCUAUCACGAGGGGAUUGCGACGUUUGAAGUACCUCGAUAUCAAAGGUUGCAAUCAACUGACUGAUGCCUCAGUUUCUGCCAUUGUCGACCACUGUCGUCAACUGCGCUACUUGGACAUAUCACAGUGUACAAAGAUGUCUGAGAAAGGAGUGGAGAUGCUCAAUAAAUUUCAUCUGCAGACCCUGUACAGUGGGAGGGACAUGAGCGGGGCGUCCGCACCCUCGGCUCCCCCCCUCCCUCGCUUCUGACACUGGAAUUCUCGGAUACCCGUCUACUUGUCCAUCUAUCUAGUCAUCGUAACCAUCAAGAUAAUCUUGUAUCACGCCGACAGUCUGUCGUACCAAGACAAAAAUGUUCACAGGCUUUAAUAUUCUUUGGGAUUUUACGGUUGGAACUGAACAUUCCAUAACCAAGUUAUAGUUGUGGACAGAAUGGAAUUGAACGCAGACAAAUUGAGUAAAAAAUAUACAGACACUUUUUAAACAAGUCAACUUGGAGGGAAAACUUAUCGUAAACUAUACGCCAAGCUUCUGUGAUGACACAACUACAGUAGGCUUGUAUAAAAGAUUAGAGAAAAAUUGUAUUUUGACUUUGGCACAUUCUGAGAGUGGCUUAUUUAACUAUUUUCCACUUUUAAGAACAAAAUGACUAUAGUUUCUCCAUAUAGAUGAUGUCUACCUCAUUGUCCAAAAGUUAAUGGUUAUAUCAAGAAAAAAAAAAUCUUGUGUUACUUGAUUUGGAUUCUGUCAUUAUUUUGAAAUUUGGCACAAUGUUUUAUUUUUUAAGAGAUUAAUCGCAUUUCAACCAUAGUCUACAUAACAUCAUGUAAAUGUCAAUUGAACAUUUAUAUGAAAAAAUUUAUAUUUUACUAACAAGCAAACAAAUUAAUGUACAAAACUCUAUCAAAAAGAUGGAGACCAGUAAAAUAAUAUUUGUAUCAAUUUUGUGUAAGAUCUUAAUACUUUUUAUACUCUUCAUUUAAAUGGUGACCAUACAAAGUAGGUAUUCAUAUUGCAAAUAUGACUAAAAGUGCUAAACUUACUUCAGUACGUUUUGAUUGGCUUUUAGGUUUUCCUUGUAAACAUUAUAUUAUUAUAUAGUAUGUAUGUAAUCAUAAGGUACAUAAUUGAUUUGUUAUUUAUUUAACAUACCCUUAUAUUUAAACCAGUUUCAAUCCCUUGUUACCAACUUAUUUAUUUUGGGUGAUAACUAUAU